UUCAUUAUUUAAUGUAGUGCAGGGAAAUAAUCAGCAAGGAAGACAGAUAGCGUGUAGUGCAAAGAAGAUGAGGAAUUAAUACUGAUUGUAAUAGUUUAUAGACAGAGUUACGUGUAAAAUGGAUGAAGCCACAAGCCCUGCAAGAAAAGGCAACUUGACUGGAAGUGCCAGAAAACUGAAGGACAAUGCAGCGGACUGGCAUAAUUUAAUCCUGAAAUGGGAGCGUCUCAGUGAUGAAGGAUCCACCAUCGCUACCAAAAUAGUCAACUUUAGACUGAGCAAAGAGUCUGUGAAGGAUCCUGAGGUCAUUAUGGAAGGCAACAGUUUGUCUGGAGCUCCUGCAGAAAAAAGUGCAUAUGAGAGCAACCCAGAACUAGAGGAGGAAUGCAUCAAACUACAGAAUGUUGUAGAGAGGAUGGCCCACAUUCUGUCUAAAAUGGAGAAAAUGGUGUCUGCUGAGAGGGGGAUUUGUAAACUAGAGGCAUUUCAGUAUGGAGAGAAAGGAAGACCCACACCACUGUUUCAGACUUGGUCCACACAGCAGUUCGUUGAAGUGUCUUCUAAGCUUUAUGAAGUUUACAAGCAGGAGCUGGCGCUUAAGAGAACCAUAUUACGGGAAGUGGCCCACACAGCUAAUCCAGAUCUCUGCAUGGUGUAUCUGUCUUGCUGGCUCCAUCAACCCUACAUCCAGGACAACACCAAAAUUCUCUUAGAGAGCCUUCUCAUGGAGACGGGCCACAAAGCUGUCUAAUUUAUUUUAGUUAUAGAUUUUUUUUAUUUUAUGGAACCGGAUGAAAUGAGAUGAAGUGUAUGCUGUAACUUUAAUACAGUGUUCAUUGCAAUAGUAAAAUAAUCAUUUCUACAGUAUCUUGGUUACGGUGUAACAUUCUAAAAUGAAAAUGUGCGUUUGUAAACAGAAUAGUAUUUUUUGCUCUUAGACAUUUGGCUUCGAGAUCAAAAGACGAAUAUGAGAUGACAUGAGAAUUUAGUUGACAACGUUAAAGUAAAAAAAGGACGAUUUCUUUUCCAUUACUAUUCAUUCAUUGCAAUAACUGAGUCAAGCCAGUGACAUCAGAUACUUUCUUCUUUUGCUUCUGCUUUUCCCAGCUUGUUCUGAACAUCUGUUAGUUGGUAUUUGUUUAGAAGAGUUUCACCUGAGAAGAUAAAAUUCUGCUUAAUCUGGUUGAGGUCCGAUGAUUGAAUGCAAAUCUAAAACCUUCCACUUUUAAUAAAUGAAGUGCUUCUUUAUGUUGGUAUGUAAGUACUGGAUCAUUGUCUUGGUACAUGAGGUUUGAAGCCAUGACCCAAAUAAAAUGGUUACAAAGUCA